AUGAAACUUUGGAUUGAUACUGAUUGUGGAAUAGAUGAUGCAACGGCCAUUCUUAUCUGUCUUGCUAACCCAAGCAUUGAAAUUGUUGGCAUUUCAUGCAUUGGUGGUAAUGCAUCACUUCAGAAUGUAAUCAGAAACGUCAAUAGAACUCUUAAGGUAUGGGGAAAGACCGAUAUUCCGAUUUUUGGAGGUUGCCAAGCUCCUCUUGUUCAGCCAAAGAUGGAAAUACCACAUAUUCAUGGUGGCGAUGGUCUUGGCGAUAUUAAUGAUAACGAUUUCGGCACAAAUACACCAAAUAAACUCGAAAAAGAGCAUGCAGUUAAUGCACUCAUUCAUGCUGCUAAUACUAUUGAGGAUCUUAACAUUCUUUGUCUGGCCCCUUUGACAAAUAUUGCUAUUGCAUUGAGCAUGGCUCCAGAAGCAAUCCUUAAGAUCAAGCACUUCUACAUUAUGGGUGGAGCUGAAAAUGGGAAAGGAAAUAUUACACCAUAUGGAGAAUUCAACUGGAGAGCCGACCCAGAAGCCGCGCAAAUCGUUUUACAGACAUAUCCACAAUACCAGACAACAAUUGCUUCAUGGACACUUGCUGUUUUCAACUCAUUUAACGCAAAUGACUAUGAUUUCUUCAAUUUAGAUGGAAAUCUAGUACGUAGAUUCAUCAGGGAAACAUGGAAACCAAUUAUUGCAUUUGAUGGCGGUCGAAUCUGCCCAGCAGACCCUCUUGCUGCUUUUAUUGCAGUUUACGGAGAUAGGGCCAUCAAGAGAGCCGAGCGUCUCCACCUUUCAAUGGUUUUAGAGGGUGAAAAAUUAGGUAUGUCCCUUGCAGAACCAGAUGAAAAAGGAUGCCUUGUUGUCAAAGAAUGCGAUGCAGAACUUUUCGUCAAAAUCUUGAGAGAGCUUCAAGAUCACCAAUAA